AUGGCGUCAUCCGAGGUGGAUCAAAAGUACCUGGGUCGAAUGGCCAGGAGCGUUGAAAAUGAUAACAACAUACUCUCGUCAACGCUCUACAAGAUCCUGGGCCUUUCUCUCAGGCUCUCUGACAAGCUCGUCGAGGUCAAGAAGCAGCGCAAGCCUGAUGCUACGCUCCAUGAAAACAUCAUGCGCAUCCUUUGGCUGGCACGCGAAGGGCUCAAGAUGCUUCAGGAAUACGUCAUUCCCUUUGUUAGCAAUUGUGUCGAGCUGAAAGUCCUGGCAUAUAAGUUGCGUGCCAGCUUCUAUCACAUCUUUGUGCUCUUUCGAAAUUCGCCCCGCGUGUCCAACAUGCCGGGCUGGGAUCCCGACGCCGUGCCGACUGGCCAGGUUGCGGAUGACUACCAACAUGCCAUGCAUCAUUCCCUUGAAGGAGGCCCCGUUGGCCCCCCUCCUGGCUUUGAAGCCCCGGUAUCGGCGCUCUCGCUCUCUUUCUUAUUGCCUGCCAAAGACUACCUGCCCACAGCUAAUCAAUAUUUUGAAGAGGCUGCGGAGUUAGCUGAUAAACUUCUAUGGGGCUCCCACUCCUUGCGUUUGUCGGUCAAGACAGAAUACGCAGCGUUUCUGUAUGAAUGCGUUCACGACGCCAAUGCCAGCCGCAGCCUUGCAAGAACUACGAUUAAUGAGGUGUAUGAGGCUACGGAAGGCAUGGACGAUGACAUGUUUCGCGAUGCCUGUGAAUUAGUUACCGUGUUGGGUAAGAUGAUGAGGCGUGGCCUUGGAUCUAGCAACACACUUCACAGCAAAGCCCAGGCUUUGAUUACAGCCCCCACCGCAGGCACAACUCCUCCCAUCGGCAUGGAAAAUCCAAUAUAA